AUGCGACUCGUCUCCGUCCCGAAUCCUGGAUAUUCGGUGGGCCGUUGGAGAAUAGUCCUGGUAGCGUCCGGCACCGAGGCCCCGCUGCGCGUAACCCUGCUCCCCGCCGCUGUCCUCCACCCCGAACACGGUGACGGGGGACUGAGAUCUCCUGUGGCCUCGCAGGGGUUGCUGAUAAGGCCCCUGGACCAGAUUCCUCAACUCGGAGCCAGAGAUAUAUUUAGCGGACCUGGUGAAGAAGAGGGAGACGGCGGGCGCCAGAAAUCACAGUCAGACGACCGUUCACACACGCUUCCUCCGCAACUCAGCGGGGAGCAGGAGGACAGCGACCCCGGAGACCGCCGCCUGGACCCCGCUGUCACGUCUCCCUGUGGCUCAACGUUGGAGUCGAACUCCUCCGAACCCACCUGCGCAUACGUGAGCAAGAAUAGUGUCCAGUCUGUUAUAGUCAUCGUCAAGGUAGCGUGGCUGGUGGUAGCUGUGCGCCCUUUUGCUCUUCACCAGGAAGGACCUCGGCAUGUUGUAUGUGUUUCACUCAGACUGCGGCUCGUCGCUUCUCAGGUGCGCAAUCGUCCCCUCAACUCCUCUGCCCUCCGCGCAGCGCUGACUUUAUCUCUGGUCAGAUUGGAACACCAUUGGUCGUCGGGCGAGAUAGCGUUUGGAUUUUUUGGCGGUCCAUUACGCAUGCGCAUUAGGCCCGGAUCGUUUACC